AUAGGGGGGUCCUGCAGUCAUAGAGGGGUCAUAGAUUGUGGGGGUCUCUUAUGUGGAUCUGUUAGAUUUCCCACCUGUCUGCUGUAUUGUACUGAAUUGUUACAGAUGAGAAAUCAGGGAGAAGAUCUGACUGGUAUUACAGUGGAGGAUGAAGAAGAGAGGAUGAUGGGCGAUCUCCCGUGUAGGAGUGAGGUGGAGGAGGACAUUCCAGGAGAUGUCACCACAGAAAACCCCAGUAAAAAUUGUAAUGGAAAUGUUAUAUUGUUACUAAAUUAUAAAGCAGAAGAUGAAGAUAUCAUGCUGCACUCUUCAAGAGAAAGCCUCAUUACCCUUACUGUACCUCCAGGACUAUCAAAUAUUAUCCCUAACCAUGAUGAACCUUCUCCUGACCAGAAUUCUGAGGAAAACAUAAUGUUAUCACUAACUUAUAAAGCAGAAGAUGAAGAUAUCAUGCCGUGCUCUUCCAGAGAAAACCUCAUUACACUUAAUGUACAUCCAGGACUCCACAGUACAGAUCUGUCACAUAAUCCCUUUAAUCACGAGGAACCUUCUCCUAACCAAUCACAGAUUGUUACCACAAGUACAGGCCAGAAAGGAGGUAAAAGGUACCAGUGUGGUAAAAAGUUGAAAAAAACAUCAAACUUUUCUACACAUGGAAGAAUUCACACAAGGGAGAAGCGAUACUGCUGUUCAGAAUGUGGGAAGUGCUUCACAAAGAAAUCACAUCUUGUUACACAUGAGAGAAUUCACACAGGAGAGAAGCCGUAUUCCUGUUCAGAAUGUGGGAAGUGUUUUAGAGAUAAAUCGCAUCUUGUUAGACAUGAGAGAAGUCACACAGGAGAGAGGCCAUAUUCCUGUUCAGAAUGCUUUAAGUGCUACUCAGUGAGUUCAAGUCUUGUUAGACAUCAGCGAGUUCAUACAGGAGAGAAGCCAUUUGCAUGUUUAGAAUGUUUGAAGUGCUUCUCAUUUAAAUCAAGUCUUGUUAGGCAUAGGCAAAGUCACAUAGGAGACAAGCGGUAUUCGUGUUCAGAAUGUGGGAAAUGGUUUAUAGAGAGAGCACAACUUGUGAGACAUGAGAGAAUUCACACAGGAGAGAAGCCUUAUUCAUGUUCAGAAUGUGGGAAAUGCUUUACAAAUAAAGUAAGUCUUGUUACACAUGAGAGAGGUCACACGGGAGAGAAACCAUUUUCAUGUUCAGAAUGUGGGAAAUGUUUUAUAGAUAAAUCACAUCUAGGUACACAUUUGAGAACUCACACAGGAGUGAAGCCAUAUUCAUGUUCAGAAUGUGGGAAAUGUUUUACAACAAGAUCACAAAUUGUUAAACAUCAGAGAACUCACACAGGAGAGAAACCAUAUUCAUGUUCAGAAUGUGAAAAAUGUUUUAAUACUGAAGCCAAACUUAAGCGUCAUCGGAGACGUCACACAGGAGAGAAGGCAUUUUGAUGUUUUAUAUGUUGAAAGUGUUCUGUAAGGAAAACAAAUUCUAAAACUCAUCACAUCAGAAAAAAACAUUAUUUUUUGGAAUAUAGGAAAUACUAUAAAAAUUUCUUUAAGUCCUAUUAUUUACAGGCCAGUAACCUGAGGCUACAUGGUAACAUGUACCAUGUGACAGAAAGUCACACGAUAGCUGUUGUGCAGCUAUUUUACAGCUAAGAUUUCUGUAUAAAAAAAACUAGCAUUGUGUUUUACAAUAGCAAAGUCACAUAUGACCUGGAACCAAAAAUCCAAGUAUUGGAUUUUUUGUCACUGUCAUGACACGUAGCAUCAUAUUUUGACCGCAUUGACAAUUAGAGGCAGUGUCACAAUGCGACACUGUGAUUUUGAUAUCACAUAACAUGUCGCCAUGUAGCUACAGCCUAAAGGCCAAUAAAAAUAUUUAUUUUUUGGGUGGAAUUAUCCUGCAUCUGCCAAAAGACCAUAUUAUAUUUCUCUGAGGUCAACGGUGACUGAGGUCCAUGGAGGAAAAGUAUUGUGGAUAUAAGGAAGAGAAGAAGAGCCUUGUUUACUUCCAGAGCAGUGAAGAUGAACUGUCCC